UUGCCUUCCGGAUCAUACACUUCCAGCCCGACUAUCCGCGGAUCACCUGCCGCAGUGGGACCUUCGGGCCCAGCCACCCCGUCGUCGAAUCUCCGGCUCCACAGCCGGAAGGCAUUUUCGUUGAGCUUCCUGUUUGCUUAUUUUUGUGAAAAAAUGGCAUCGGUGAAGGCAACGUUCAUUACGAUCCUGUUGGCCGUGGCGACGAUCGGUGUAGUAGCUGCCCGAGAUAUACCCGAGUUCCUGCAUAUUUGCCAGACGAACGAUCCGCAUUACGAGGUAUGCAUCACCGAGAGUAUAGAGCAUUUGAAGCCGUACCUUAAAACAGGCGUACCGGAGUACAACAUUCCGUCGUUGGAACCUCUCAAACUGAAAAAAUUAACGUUUACUCCGACAAGCAGCAUAAAAGUAGAUGCAACCGAUAUCGACGUGUUCGGUGCCAGCAACUUUCAAAUUAAAAAAGUGAAACUCGAUUUCAACACUCUGCUUUUCCUGGUGGACGUAGCAUUGCCGAAUAUUAGGGUCGAAGGGAAAUAUCUGCUCGACGGCAGGUUACUGUUACUCCCGAUUCGCGGAUCCGGCCCGAUGCACGGCAACUUCUCGAAUUGUUUAGGUGCAUGCAAAAUACAGGUUGCGAAAUUCAUUGACCAGGAUGGCGAAGAGAAGAUGCGCAUUACGGACUUCAAAUUGAAAGUCUCCGUAGGCAAAGGUACGCUGAAGCUAGACAAUCUGUUUGGUGGCGAACAAGCUCUCGGGGAUGUCAUCAAUUCGGCCAUCAACAAUAACUUCAGUCUCUUUCUGAGAGAGCUUUUGCCGCUCGUAGAAAAGGCACUGUCAGACGCGUUUCAGAAUAUCGCUGGCAAUAUCGUUGAACAAUUCGCAUUCGCUCAACUCUUCCCCGGUGCAUAGAUCCAUAUCGGUGAUCCAGACAAUCGGGCGGGCUGGAAAGUAUAUAUAAACUAAAUUUGAAGAUCUAUUGCGAAAUAAGAGCAACAGAAAUUAAAGCAAUUCACAACAAAUUGAAAAAAUUUAUCGUUACUUUCCGCUACAUCGAAUCUUUUUUGAGAGGGUGCAUACUCAAUUAAGAUUUACUUUGCUUAGCUCUAAGUUAAAAUUUGAUUUUGACAGAAAAUAGGGAAUGGAAGAAUUGGACCAAGAUCAUGGAACGAUUUCGGUCUAAUUGAUAUUAUUUAAAAAUUCAACUCUGAGAGAGAAAGAGAGAACGCAAUUGUAGUGAGCAACAAUUAAUAAUCUACAAUCUGCUAGAAUAAUUAACUGAGUGUUUGCGUAUAAUACUAGCACUUGAAAAGAAUAAUAACACUUUCAAGAAAAUUUUAAGACAAAAUAAAAAAAAUUUAUUUUUUUAAAUACUAGUAAAUUUUGCAAAAAGUUAGAAAAAAAUAUUUUUGUUUUGGUAAAAUUUUUCGAACGUAAUUUCUGAAUUCAUUAAUUUAUUAUUACGAAAUGCGAAAAAAUAAAUAAAUUACUAACAAGCACGUAGAAUUAGAUGUGGAAAAUUCUUGAUUAGUAACAAUCAAGCACUUUUCUACAAAUUAUAGAACACUAUAUAGCAAAUUGUUUGCUUCAAUUUCGAUUCUUUCACCAUUGACUCGACGUGAAUUAAAAGCCAAAGCCUCAUUCAAAAAUGAGUGUCGGUAUGAAAAUUUCGAUUAUCGACAAACAAUAAAUAGCUUAUUGACAAAGCAAAUUGAAUUUGUUUGCUAGUAAAGAAACAGUUACUUGUACGAUCUUUGUGAUUAUGUACAAUUUAUAUCUUUGUAAUAUUAAUGAUCGCAUACCGAUAUCGAUGAAUUUAAUCAUUUAAUGCGUUACGAAUCGUUGAAUAAAGUUUUUGACUAUAGUAUUUGUUAAACAAUAUUAA